AUGAGUCUGGAUCAGCAUACAUAUGCAUCGACCGACUGGCCUCUACCAAGUCCAUCCUCAACACCAAAGUCACUGACGUUCCCGGACGCUCCCCUCAAGACCCCAAUCACUGAUACGGCUCCUCACUCGCACUUCCUCGACGCCUGGGCAACCCCGCUACCCAAUGCCCAGCACACCCCUGUUCAAGCGCCCCUGUUCGCUUUGUCGACGCCCAUAGACAGGCCGUCGAGCUCGUACAGCCAGCCCGUUCGCACCCCCGAAGACCCCGAGUUCCAUGUCAACCACUUUGCUCCUCAGAACCUGCCUCUGCCGCCAGUCGACGUCUCACGCAGACUGGCGUCGUCGCCUGACCUCGGCCAGCUGAAGAACGCCGCCGCCGGGACACGAGGGCCACCGCAAGACCAUCGUGGGGUAUCUCGGCCCGUCACCAUGGACUUUUCGCAAAUGCAAACGCCGCCCCCGACAAGGGAUGACUCGUCUAGGCAGAGUCUACAACAGAGUGCUGGGAAUGGAGUGGCCACACCGGCUACGGUCAUACAUAGGACCCCUAGCCAGAUGCCGCCGUCAGAAGCGCUCUUCGAUCAGACUCCAUUUGGCUUUGGCAGCCUGCAGUACACGCCGGAUAUGAUGCACUUUCCUAGCAACGGGCACAUGACAGCGCCACCCAUGCCGCAAUCACGGCUGUUCUGGGAUCCGGCAAAUGAUGGCAUGCACAUGGAUCUUGAUUUACCCAUGGGCGUAGAUGGAUUUGCCCCCACGCCACAGAGAAUGGAUCAGAGCAUGGGCUGGCAAAGCAUGCACCAUGCCGCUAACAUUAUGCAGACGCCUGGCUUCCAGAGUUUCCAGGCUUCGCCCGGACCAAUGUCGUUUGCAAACUGCCACAUGGAUCAGGGGCAAAUGUCACGACAGGACUCAUUUGCAUCCGCAACCACUGGUGUAGAUCCCAGUAUGCUGUUUAGUUUUUCUAAUCCCGACAUGACUGCUUCUUUCGGUGCUAUGCCCCAACUAUCCAACGUGGAUUUGAGCUCAAGACAGCCGUAUGAGACGCAGUUGCGAGAUGCACAGGCAGAAAGGGAGAUGGCGAAAAAGGCAAGGGGUCAGCAUUCUCGCAGUAAUACAAGUUCUUCCUCUGGCUCAGUAGACGACGUGAGGCCUGCACUUCAUCGGAGUAACACCGAUGGUGGAGUAAGGACAUCGAGAGCGCCUCUCAUGGAACCUUGGACAGCCAUGCCAAGUAAUACCUCGAACAUACCGCGGCGCCCCUCACCUCUCAAGCGUCAAAAUGGCGGUUCGCUCAAGUCUAUCCCAGAGGUACGACGACCGCGGACACGCCUUAUCAUUGACGAGACGGGUCGUGCUCGUACAGAAACUGUACUUGCUGGGGACGAGGACAAAACUCCAAAGGCUCCGCGUCAAUCCUCUCAGCAGGACCUCCGGCGGCAGUAUCCCGGUCUCUACGAAGCGGAUGAUAGCGAGUCGGAAGAAGACGAGCCAGGCGCGGUGAUUAGUCGUAAAACAUCCUUCACCGUACCCCAGCCUGAACGUCGAGCACCAAAAUAUGCACGAGUGGAAAGCGAUAGUUAUGAAAGAAGCAACUCUCUCAAAAUGACACGAUCUACUUCACGCCCAGGCGUGGCCUCAUUCGACAAGCCUUCCCUGGAAAAACUGCGCCUUGCAGGCAGAUCUGCUAGCGAUAAUUCCAUAAGGCGAGCCGGCAUCAUGGACCUUCCCCCUUCAACCAAGAAUUCCAGAGACAACCAAGAUCAUAUGCCCGACUCUCCGGGCAAUGCUCUGGGCGCUCUGAAAAAGGUCGUUGGGGCAAGGCAGCAACGGAUUGAACGUGCCUCUCAGAACACGCUCAAAGCCCACAAUCAACGCUGGGCCGCUGCUGCUGCUGCCUCUGCUGAACUUAAUAACUCCGGACACCACGGCCACUACGAUCCUUACUCCAAUUCCUUGAACCGCUCAGUGACGACUACCCCCUCAACGGAUCGAAGCAACUUUUCGAGCGAAAGCACGCGGUGUAUUUGUAAAGGUCUUGUCGACGAUGAUGAUAAACCUAUGGUGCAGUGUGAGUCUUGCAAUAUGUGGCUGCAUAUUAUAUGUGUGGGGCUAGACAGGGGGAGUUUACCUCCAGUCUAUGUGUGCGUUUUUUGCACGGGGCAGACACCGCUUGUGAGGGCCGGACGGUCAAGAGGACCGCCUGUACCGCUUGAUUCCCCACUUACACACAAGUCGGUGUUUAGAGGGUGA